CCGCACCACCCACUUUCUCAUAAAAUGGCCGAGUCGAGUAAAAGAACGUACGUUCUGGCAUCGAGAGCGUCCAAGCUUGCACAGAUCCAAACCAACGCGGUCCGGGAUGCGCUCGAGGCUGCAUUUCCUGACAAAACAUUCGCCACCUCCUUCAUGACCACCGAGGGUGACAAAAACCAGUCCCAGGCGCUGUAUCUGCUUGGGGGGAAAGCACUGUGGACCAAGGAGCUUGAGGUUGCUCUCAAAGACAAUCUAGUGGACAUCAUCGUGCACUGCGCCAAAGACAUGCCUACCGGUCUUCCUGACGGGUGCGAACUUGGUGCAAUCUUGGAGCGAGAGGACCCAGCAGACAGUCUCGUAGUAAAGGAGGGACUACCGUACAAACGGCUGGAAGAUUUGCCCGAUGGAAGCGUCAUUGGGACAAGUAGUGUCAGAAGAGUUGCGCAGCUACGGAAAUCGUUCCCUAAGCUGGCAUUCAUGGAUGUGCGCGGUAAUCUGGUAACACGUCUAGCAAAACUGGACGCGAAGGACGGUCCCUACGCGGCCCUCAUUCUCGCGAAGGCCGGCAUGGUGCGGUCAGGCUUGGGCGAUCGCAUCACACUGGACUUUAAACCACCAACACUCUACUAUGCUGUUGGGCAAGGCUCCCUGGCCGUGGAGAUUCGGACAGGUGAUGAUGAAAUGCGGGCGCUGUGCGGAGGCCUUCUGCACCAGGAGUCGCAAUGGAAAGUGUUGGCUGAGCGGGCGAUGCUCCGCAAGCUGGAGGGAGGUUGCAGCGUGCCAGUGGGCACCUACACCGAAUUGAGCGAUAUUGUAAGAGGGGAAGAUGGCAAGAUCGCUCAUGCGUCUCUCAAAAUGUCCGGAACGAUUACUUCCAUCGAUGGCACGCAACAUGUCGAAGAAAAAGUGCUAGCAAAGAUCAGUAACACGUCCGAAGCGGAGCGAGUGGGAGCGCAGCUGGCAGAGAGACUAAUUACCUCCGGUGGAGGGCCCAUUUUACUGGCCAUCACGGAAGACAGAGCACGACGCACCGGUGAAACAAAGACGGUUGCAGAAGGACAGAAAAUUGAGGCAACAAUGGAAGGUCAGACUGCAUGAUGAUAUUUGUAUAAUAGUCGUGUAUACCAGCUACAGAACCAAAGCUAAGAGUUACGAAAGCCUGAGAUA